AAGGAAAACAAAUUAAAUAAUUAAAAAACAGUUUGCACUGUUUCUUCAUUCUGUGCUUUCCAUUUUACGUAGAUCUCAUCGAUAAUUCCUGCUUCUGCUUCACUACGAGGCUCCAUAAAUGGCGUCCGCGUCUUCCUCCAUUUCUAGAUCCAACACUUCCCUUCCUUCAGUUUCUUAUCCUUUCCUAGAAUUUCCCCACAUUGCAUCCAUUUCCAUUCGCAAUAAGUCGUUAUUCCCUUCUCAAUUCACCCUCAAACGUACCAGAAAUGCUUCUCUUCGUCCACGUAUCACAGCCCAGCUCUCUCCAGAUUAUGUCCCUGAUUCAAAAUUUUACAAAAUUGAAGCAAUCUUAAGACCAUGGAGGAUUCAACAGGUUUCUUCGUCACUAUUGAAAAUGGGCAUUCGUGGCAUCACGGUUUCUGAUGUUCGUGGAUUUGGCGCUCAAGGUGGCUUGACAGAGAGACAAGCUGGCUCCGAAUUCUCAGAAGACAAGUUUCUUGCAAAAGUUAAGAUGGAGAUUGUUGUGCGCAAAGACCAGGUUGAAGCUGUCAUAGCAAAGAUAACUGAAGAGGCAAGAACUGGUGAAAUUGGUGACGGGAAGAUCUUCUUUCCCAUCUCUGAUGUGAUAAGAGUUCGCACUGGGGAGCGGGGAGAAAAGGCAGAGAGGAUGGUGGGAGGGCAUGCUGAUAUAUCUUCGUCUGUGUCAACUUCUUGAUGCAGCUCGGUUGACGUUAAACGUACCAUCUUUUGUUAUGUGUUUAUCUGUGAAACUCUAAGCUUCAUUUUAUCACUAUGAAAAAUGCUGUCAAUAGGUUGGACUAUGUCAUUUACCUUUUUGAUUUGUUUAAGAGUUACAAAUUAGACUUGCAGGAAAGUCCUUUUAAUUUCAGGUUAGUUAAGCUUGGUAGCCUCUGGCUUACAUUAGGCUAUUCUGAGUUUUCGGACAGUGCCUUUUACCGUGGAUGUGCUCAUUUCAAAAGAUCUGUGUAUGCCUCUGCUGUAGUUGAAUCUAUGUUCAUAUAUUUUGUUUAAUCGGUCGAGAACAUAGCACGAUAUCAUAUUAGUUUCAGAAUU